AUGGAAGAAGAAGUAUCACUUAUUGAUCUUAACAGACGAAGAACCAAUGGAGGCAAUGGGAUAGUGAUCCCAGGAGAGCAUGGGACAGUGGUGGUUUCAGACUACCAUUUUGUGGAUAUAGAGCUUCAUGGUUAUCCUUUUAAUUGGGAGUGUGGUUGGGGUACUCGAAAUUGGGUGGAAGUGAGGAUUGUUCGUGCUCUUGUCUCUCCCUCUUGGAUGUCAAAGUACCCUCUUGCUACUCUAUAUAAUCUGGAAAUCUCUCAGUCUGAUCACUAUCCUCUGUUGUUGGAACCCAAGUACAUGGUUGUCCCUAUUAGCAGAAGCUUAUUUUGCUUUGAGAAUGCGUGGCUAAGAGAGCCAUUGCAUGGGAAAAUUGUGCAAGAAAAUUGGGCAGCUUGUUUGGGAACUAGCUGGGCAAGUAAGGUGGACUUAUGCAACUCCAACCUUGCCAAAUGGGGUAAGGAGAUCACUAGUAAUUUUUGCAAUAGAAUUAAAAGUUGCUCUGCUACUCUUCAACGUCUAAAAUCGAGAAAAGACAGCAACUCCAUUCGACAAUUUGCUGAAGAGUCUAGAAGGAUGACUGAAAUACUGCACCGAAAGGAGAUUUAUUGGCGACAGUGGUCUAAACAGCUUUGGCUAAAGGAUGGAGACAAAAAUAGUAAGUACUUUCACGCUUCUACUACUGCUUGA